CUUCAUUUAUUCUCAUUUCUCUCACACACUCCCCUCCUCCAUCUUCACCUUCAUCUUCCCCUCCUUCUUCUUCCUCCAUUUCUCUUUUCUGAUCAUUAGGGCAAUUUCCCUCUCUCUCUCUCUCUCUCUCUCUCUCUCUCUUUCUCAAUUCCCUUUUCCAUUCCCUCUCUCUCUCUCAUGUUUCUUACUCUCCUCCCCCUCUCCUCCUCCUCUUCUUUCCUCCUCCUCCUCCUCCUCCUCCUUCCCCUUCAUGUUUCUCUGUUUCGCCACCCCAUUCAUUCUAUCUCCUCUCAACAAUCCUCUCUUUCCUUCUAAUGCUCUUUCUCUUUCCUUCCGGAUGUUUACCUAAACCCCCCACUACCCACUCUUUUACUUUUACCUCCCACCUUUCUUUUUUCUUCUACUGCUUCCACUCCAUCUCAUUUUCUUUCAUUUCUCGAACCAGAGCAAGGGGAUAGGGGGGUGUGCUGUUCUGAAUUCUCACCUGAGUUUUUGUUUUACCUGUCUUCAUUUUGCAACCCCAUUUGCCAUUUUCCUUCUCUAACUUCUAAAGACUGAAUUUUGCGGUUACCCAUUUUCUCCUUGGGGGAUUUGUAAGCUUUCAAAUUGAAUCCCCAUCAAGCUCUUUUGGUUUCUGUUUUGGGGUUUUGGCCUUUUUUAGCUUGGGAUUUUGGAUUCUUCGUUUUGGGUUUUGGACCAAAUGGCCAUGGCCAUAGCUCAUCACAGAGAGAGUAGUAGUGGGAGUAUAACCAGGCAUCUUGAUAGUUCUGGGAAGUACGUUCGUUACACUUCAGAGCAGGUGGAGGCUCUUGAGAGAGUUUAUGCUGAGUGCCCUAAGCCGAGUUCUCUUCGACGCCAGCAGCUUGUUCGGGAAUGCCCAAUUCUUUCCAACAUAGAGCCCAAGCAGAUCAAAGUCUGGUUUCAGAAUCGCAGAUGUAGGGAGAAGCAAAGGAAGGAAGCUUCUCGGCUGCAAACGGUGAACAGAAAAUUGAAUGCUAUGAACAAGUUGUUAAUGGAGGAGAAUGAUCGGCUGCAGAAACAAGUGUCGCAAUUGGUGUGUGAAAAUGGGUUUAUGCGGCAGCAAUUGCAUACAGUGCCGGCAGCAGCAACUGCUGAUGCAAGCUGUGAUUCUGUGGUCACCACUCCUCAACCCUCUCGACGAGAUGCUAAUAACCCAGCUGGACUCCUCUCCAUUGCAGAGGAGACCUUGGCAGAGUUCCUUUCAAAGGCUACAGGAACUGCUGUCGAUUGGGUCCAGAUGCCUGGGAUGAAGCCUGGUCCGGAUUCUGUUGGGAUCUUUGCCAUUUCACAAAGUUGUGGUGGAGUGGCAGCAAGAGCCUGUGGUCUUGUAAGUUUGGAGCCUUCGAAGAUUGCAGAGAUCCUUAAAGAUCGUCCAUCAUGGUUUCGUGAUUGUCGAAGCCUUGAGGUUUUUACCAUGUUUCCAGCUGGAAAUGGUGGGACAAUUGAACUUGUUUACACGCAGGUGUAUGCUCCAACUACCCUUGCUCCUGCACGUGAUUUUUGGACUCUAAGAUAUACAAUAACUUUAGAAAAUGGAAGCCUUGUGGUUUGCGAGAGAUCUCUCUCUGGUUCUGGUGCUGGUCCUAGUGAAGCUGCUGCUGCUCAGUUUGUGAGAGCUGAGAUGCUCCCAAGUGGUUAUCUGAUUCGACCAUGUGAGGGUGGUGGGUCUAUCAUACAUAUUGUUGAUCACCUAAAUCUUGAGGCGUGGAAUGUUCCUGAGGUGCUGCGGCCACUUUAUGAAUCGUCGAAAGUAGUGGCCCAGAAGAUGACAAUAGCAGCUCUGCGAUACGUUAGGCAAAUAGCCCAGGAGACAAGUGGUGAAGUGGUUUAUGGUCUUGGCCGGCAACCUGCUGUUUUGCGAACCUUUAGCCAACGAUUGAGCAGGGGUUUUAAUGAUGCAGUGAAUGGUUUUAAUGACAAUGGAUGGUCGUUGAUCAAUUGUGAAGGUGCUGAGGAUGUGGUACUCACUGUGAAUUCUACGAAAAGUUUUGGCACAACUUCGAACCCUGCUAACUCCUUGACAUUUCCUGGGGGAGUUCUUUGUGCUAAGGCAUCUAUGCUGCUCCAAAACAUUCCUCCUGCCGUGUUAGUUCGUUUCUUGAGAGAACACCGCUCAGAGUGGGCUGAUUUCAACAUUGAUGCAUACUCCGCAGCAACCCUUAAAGCCAAUUCAUAUACAUAUCCAGGGAUGAGACCCACGAGGUUUACCGGUAGCCAAAUCAUCAUGCCACUUGGUCACACAAUUGAGCACGAAGAGUUGCUUGAAGUAAUCCGACUUGAAGGACAUCCUAUGGUACAAGAAGAUGCUUUUGUUUCAAGGGAUAUUCAUCUUCUUCAGAUAUGUAGUGGAAUUGACGAGAAUGCUGUUGGAGCUUGUUCAGAACUCAUUUUCGCUCCUAUUGAUGAGAUGUUCCCAGAUGAUGCCCCAUUAUUGCCUUCUGGCUUUCGAAUCAUCCCGUUGGAUUCCAGAACAAGUGAUGCUAAAGGUAGUCAACGGACUCUGGAUCUAACAUCAAGUCUUGAAGUGGGUUCAGGAACAAGCAAUACUGCUGGAGAUGCAUCAUCAAGUCAGAGUGCUAGAUCAGUCUUAACUAUUGCAUUCCAGUUUCCUUUUGAAAGUAGCUUGCAGGAUAAUGUUGCAAAUAUGGCACAUCAGUACGUACGUAGCGUCAUCUCCUCGGUGCAGAGAGUUGCGAUGGCCAUAUCUCCAUCUGGGGGUGGUCCAGCUCUAGGUCCAAAGCUGUCUCCUGGUUCUCCAGAAGCUCUCACUCUAGCACAUUGGAUAUGCAAAAGCUAUAGUUUCCAAUUGGGAACGGAGUUGAUCAAGUCAGAUUCCUUGGAAGGUGAUUCCCUGUUGAAAAAUCUCUGGAAUCAUCAGGAUGCAAUAUUGUGCUGUUCCCUGAAGCAGUCUCUGCCCGUUUUCCUGUUUGCCAACCAAGCUGGGCUUGACAUGUUGGAGACAACUCUAGUAGCCUUACAAGACAUCACAUUGGACAAGAUUUUUGAUGAGUCGGGUCGAAAAGCUUUGUGUGCUGAUUUCCCUAAGUUAAUGCAGCAGGGAUUUGCUUACUUGCCUGGAGGAAUCUGUGCAUCAACAAUGGGACGACACGUUUCAUACGAACAAGCUGUUGCAUGGAAAGUCCUUGAGGCAGACGAAACAACAGUCCAUUGCCUCGCCUUCUCAUUCAUAAACUGGUCUUUUGUUUGAUUGUGAAGCUCUUUUCGAUGGCUGGCUCUCCUUGUCCUCAACCAUUGGAACUGGAAGGAUGAAGAUGAUGAUGAAGAUGAAGCUGAAGAUGUUUGUUUCAAUGUCUAAUGGCAAUGCCUCUGCUUCCAAAGUAAUUUAAUUAAAUUGUUAAUUAAUUGCUUUCCAUCUUAUUUUCUUCCUUUCAAAAUCCCCAUUUUGAUUCAUGUAAAUAUUGGCGAGCUCAUUAAAUUACAAAAAUACAUGAUCCUUUAAGGAGACAGUUUUGAAGCUUCA